AGAAAAUGACGUUUGAUAAAUUAAUUUCUGCAUAAAUCUCUUUUGAUGAUAGGGAAUUGACAAUUUUCCUUUAUACCGGCUUUGGAUUUCAGUAGGACGAAACGAAAAAGAUCGAAUUUCGCUCAACUAAUAUAUUUUGCAUUUAACAUAACAAUUGUAUGAGUUUGAAGUUAUAAAAAUGAAGAAAUUCCUCUUUAUAGGAGUGUGUUUACUUUUUUUAAUAGGUUUUGUAAGAUCCGAUGAAUUAGUAGAUGAGCCAGCAGCAACUUUAGAUGUAGAUUUGGGAGCAAGUAGAGAAGGUUCUAGAACAGAUGAUGAAGUUGUUAAACGCGAAGAAGAAGCUAUCAAACUUGAUGGCCUCAAUGUGGCUCAGCUCAGAGAACUCAGGGAAAAAUCUGAAAAGUUUACCUUCCAAACGGAGGUCAACAGGAUGAUGAAACUGAUCAUCAAUUCCUUAUACAGAAAUAAAGAAAUAUUCUUGAGAGAACUAAUUUCUAACGCAUCUGAUGCUUUAGAUAAAAUUCGUAUGCUCUCUCUCACAGACAAAAAUGUUUUGGAUACGAAUCCGGAGCUGAAUAUCAAGAUUAAAGCAGAUAAAGAGGCUCAAAUGCUUCACAUUACUGAUACUGGUAUCGGUAUGACAAAGCAAGAUUUGAUCAACAACCUAGGUACUAUAGCCAAGUCUGGAACGGCUGAAUUUUUGAGCAAAAUGCAGGACGCUAGCUCUUCUCAAGAUAUGAAUGAUAUGAUUGGACAGUUUGGUGUUGGAUUCUACUCUGCCUUCUUGGUUGCUGAUAAAGUUAUCGUGACUACUAAACACAAUGACGACAAACAAUACAUUUGGGAGUCUGAUUCAAGCAGCUUCAGUAUCGUAGAAGAUCCUAGGGAGGAUUCCUUAAAGAGAGGUACAACUGUCAGCUUGCAAUUGAAACCCGAAGCCAAGGACUUCUUAGAAGAAGAAACCAUCCGUAACUUGGUGAAAAAGUAUUCUCAGUUCAUCAACUUCCCCAUUUACCUCUGGGCCAGUCAUACUGAGCAAGUGGAAGAAGCUGAUGACGAUGUUCCAGAAGAGAAAGAGCCGAAAGAAGAUAAAGUCGAUGGUGAAGAUGAAGCAGCAGUUGAGGAAGAUAAAGAAGAAAAAGAAAAAACAAAGAAAGUCGACAAGACUGUCUGGGAUUGGGAACUACUCAAUGAUAGCAAACCAAUUUGGACCAAGAAACCUGCUGAAGUUGAAGAAAGCGAGUAUGAGGAGUUCUAUAAGGCGCUUACCAAAGAUACUAACCCUGCACUUACUCAUGUUCACUUUGUUGCUGAAGGAGAGGUUACUUUCAAGUCUCUUCUUUAUGUACCUAAAGUUCAACCUUCCGAAAGCUUUAACAGAUAUGGAACUAAAACUGAUAACAUCAAAUUAUAUGUGAGAAGAGUCUUCAUCACAGAUGAAUUCAAUGAUAUGAUGCCUUCUUACCUCAAUUUCAUCAGAGGUGUUGUUGAUUCAGAUGACCUUCCAUUGAAUGUAUCAAGAGAAAAUCUCCAACAACACAAACUGAUCAAAGUCAUCAAGAAGAAAUUGGUGAGAAAAAUUCUGGACGCCCUCAAAAAAAUCCCUGAUGCAGACUACGAAAAAUUCUGGAAAGAAUACUCAACAAACAUCAAAUUGGGAGUUAUCGAAGACCCAACCAACAGAACCAGGCUGGCUAAGCUUUUACAGUUCUUAUCUUCGAACAGCGGAGAGAACACUUUCCUCAGCGACUAUGUUAAAAGAAUGAAGCUACUCCGUAAAGUGAAAAAGCAUUUGAAAAGAUUGAAGAAAGUAGAAGGUGCUAUCAAAUUGGUUGGUGGUAGGGGGGAAUACGAAGGAAAUGUUGAAAUUUUGCAUGAAGGUAGAUGGGGAGCUAUAUGUGACGAUGAAUGGGACUCAGCUGAAGCUAAGGUCAUAUGCAACCAACUGGGAUACAAAAACGGAACAAGUAAAUAUACAGGAAACGCCUAUUUUGGUCCAGCCAAACGUAAAUUUUGGAUGGAUAACAUCUAUUGUGAAGGUUCUGAGAAAGAAAUUACAUCUUGCAGAUUCGAUGGGUGGGGAUCCAAUGAUUGCGAUGUUACUGAAGCAGCUGGUGUCAUCUGCGACGAACCUCCUGUCGAAGAAGAGAAGAAGCAGGAAAAUCUUAUUAAAAAAGAAACACAAAUGAAAAAAUUACCGGAUUCAUUAAAUCUGAGAAUAGUUGGAGGUAGAAUAGAACAAGAAGGAAGGGUUGAAGUAAAAACUGAUUAUGAUAACUGGGAACCGAUUUGUGGAGACGGAUGGUCAAUUUUGGAAGCUAUGGUUGUUUGCAAAACUCUCAAUUAUGGGUAUGCGAAUAAUGCCUUCCAAACUGACUACUUCGGUGGGAACUUAAGCAAUCACAGUUAUGCGAAUAUAAAAUGCAGAGGCAAUGAGAUCUCAUUCAGUCAUUGCCUUUACGAUGUGAAUUCUGUUGGUAUGUGUCCAGGAAAAGAUUUAGCUGCAGUAUCUUGCACUUCAAGCUUGCCAGAUCUAGUAAUUGAUCAUAUAGAUAUUAUGAGAACUGCCCACUUAGAAGACAGACAACUGUUUUUCCUCCAGUGUGCCAUGGAAGAAAAUUGCUUGGCAUCAGAAGCAUACAGAAUACAAAGGGAGAAUCCCAAUGGGUGGCAUUUAGAAACGAGAAGAUUGUUGAGAUUCACUGCCAGGAUUUUCAAUGCUGGUACCGCAGAUUUCAGGCCAUUUAUCCCAAAACAUCUUUGGGAGUGGCACAUGUGUCACAUGCAUUAUCAUAGCAUGGAAAUAUUUGCCACUUUCGAUAUUUUCAACAACAAGGGUAUUAAAGUUGCUGAAGGACACAAAGCAUCAUUUUGUUUAGAAGACAAUCAGUGCCUUCCAGGCAUCGAACCAAGCUAUAAUUGCAACAAUUUUGGCGAUCAAGGGAUAUCUGUAAAUUGCUCAGAUAUUUACAAAUAUACUGUGGACUGCCAGUGGAUAGAUAUUUCGGAUAUAAAACCAGGAGUUUACACAAUGAAAGUAGUAGUCAAUCCAGAAUUCAAGGUGGCUGAGAUGUCAUAUGAAAAUAACGCGGCAUUGUGUACAUUUUACUAUUCUGAAACGUAUGGAACUGUAACUAAUUGUACUGUACAAAGACCUUGAAAAAAUUCCUUUUUUUUAUGUAUUGAAUCGCAUCCGCGUAGUAUUUUAGUUUGUAUUUGUUUAUUUAUUAAAAGUUGCAAACAGAA